GUAACAACAUGCCGUUUGUUUUGAUUUGUGGCUUUCCUUCGAGUGGUAAAUCUACCCGAGCAGAGCAACUCAAGAAACAUUAUAAAGACAAAACUGUUCAUGUUAUAAGUGACCAUGAUAUUGGUGUUGACAGAAAUUCAGUCUAUGCAGACUCUAAAAAGGAGAAGGAAAUAAGAGGAACUUUAAAAUCAUCUGUACAAAGGUUACUUAAUACAGAUGACAUUAUUAUCUUGGAUUCUCUGAAUUAUAUUAAAGGAUACCGAUAUGAAUUAUACUGUAUAACAAAGUCAUGUAAAACUCCACAUUGUGUUUUGUUUAGUGAUAUAAGUAAAGACAAGGCUAAAGAAUGGAACAGUAUAAGACCAGAGGAGGACAAAUACUCUGAUGAAAUAUUAGAGGCUUUAUUUAUGAGAUUUGAGGAACCUAAUCCAAACCAACGAUGGGAUAGUCCUUUAUUUGUAAUUCAGGCUGAUGAUACAUUACCAUUUCAGCAGAUAGAAGAUGCUUUAUUUAACAGAAAACCACCUCCUCCGAAUAUGGCUACUCAAAAUCAACCCUUGUCAUCAACAAAUUUUCUUUAUGAGCUAGACAGAAUUACACAAGAAACUAAUAGUGUUAUAAUGGAAACACAGAAGACAGGUGUACCAGGGGACUUGAUAUCAAUACCUGGAACUCAAGAAAAAAUACAAAUGAUCCGUGUUUAUACUUUAGCAGAGUUACAAAGACACAAGAGACAGUUUAUAACUUAUACAAAAAUGCAUCCAGUUGAAGACACUUCAAAAAUAACAAGCAUGUUCGUUCAAUAUCUAAACAACUGUCUAAGAUGAUAUCUGAAUAAAUGUCUUAGAUGAUAUCUAAACAAAUGUCUAAGAUGAUAUCUAAACAAAUGUGUAAAGUUUUAUAUUUAAGAUAUUCAUGGCAUUACAGAGUCUUUCAAGUUUAUACUGUUUGAAAAAACUAUUGAAAUUGAUAGUGAACGGAACAUCUGUCAAUCAACAAUUGAACAGGAAUGAGUGCUUAAAAGUACAUGUACUGGUCUGUAAUAAGAUAAUACAUUUUCAAUGCUAUUUUUUAAAGUGAUGUAAAAUGCUUGUAAGUUGUUUGUGCAAUAUUGAACUACGGUCAUAGAUAAUAAAAUUUUUAAAUCAA